AUGAAGUUGUUAAAGAAUUGUGGUGAUGGUGGUUUGACUGAAAAUGUUGAAUUUGAUAAAAUUGGGAAUGGAGUUAAAGGAAUAUUUUUUGGUGCUAAAUGGUGUCCUCCCAGUAAACAAAUGUCUAAACAAUUAACUGAAAUAUAUCCAAAAAUCAAAGCUUCACAUCCUUCUUUUGAAAUUAUUUUUUGUUCUUAUGAUCGUUCGGAAGAUUCUUUUAAAGAACAUUUUGGAGGAAUGCCUUGGCUUUCUUUACCUUAUAAAUCUGAAAAAGCUUUGGCUAAUGCUUUUGAUGUUCAAGGAAUUCCAACAUUUUUGCUUUUGGAUGAAAAUUUUUCACUAAUUUCACGUAAUGGAAGAAAUAUUUUACUUUCUGAUCCUUUAGGAUAUCCUUGGGAAAGAAAAUCUUUGUAUGAAUUAACUGAACAUACAGUCCAUCGAUUGUCAGAAAUGGCUUCUUUGAUUUUAUUUACUGAUGGUUCACCGGAAGACACUGAAUUUUCUAUUCAAUUGUUAACUACCUGUAUUGAUAAUUUAUUACAAGAAGAACAAAAAGACGAGCAAAAUGAAUCUAAAAAUACUUUAAAAGGAGAUUUAAUUUCGCUCAAUUCAGAAAAUGCAAAUUCUUUGGGAAAUGAUCCUUUUCAAUUUUUUUAUACAGGCGAGGACCCUAUUUGUGAUGAUGUUUUGGAAAAUCUUGGACAAGAAAAUGCAGAUUUACCUCUUUUAUUAAUUUGUGAUGUGCUUGCUGGACAUUUAGCUAUUUGUGACAAACCUGAUGUUAGUGAGGAUGUUCUUCGUGAAUUUGUAGAGGAAUAUAAAAAUGGAAAAUGUAAACAAGUUAUUCCAAUUCCGAGUAACAAAAAAGUACAGAGCCGUACUGUUGGUGGAAUCCCUGCAGAAGCGCUUGAACAAUUAUUAAAUAAUUCAGCAACAACAAUUACUUAA